GCUCUCUCUCUAUCUGUCUGUUGGAGACCACUCAAUAGAAAGCAUCGAACUCGGAUUCCUCUUAUGCCACUGUAAAUAUCACAUUUAAAUACUGCAAUUCUUUGUCGCACUGCUCUUUCUCGUCAUACAUUGAUUUCUAUCUACAGUCACCAGUCUACUUGCGUGCGCGCCUCUUUGGUAGGUCGAGAGAGAGAAAAUAAUCACUGCGCUCUGCAAACCGCAAAGCAAAUGAGUUGGGGGAGAAGUUUUGAGUGAGUGGGAAAGCCGUGCUUGCUCCUUGGACUGCAUACAAUGAGGAAAUUCUGAGGUGGCAUUCUUCGUUCAGUUACGCUUCCUUUGGCUGUAUGUAACUAAUGGCUAGCUCAUGAACCUGGAUCCUCUUGCGUGGAAUUCUGUUUUCACUUAGAACUCUGCUGCCUGGACAAAUGCAUACAAAUGCAUUUAGGAGCCCAACGGACAAGGAGUGGACACGUUUCUCCAACAGCAAUAACGAGAACCCUCCUCUUGCUCCUGUCAAUAUGCACAGCAGUACUGUCUGGAGAAGAAGACUACCGAGCACAAGGUGUCGAUAUCCUCCAUUGGCUGGGCCUCACCGGCAGCAGAGACACCCUCUCCCCAGGGACCAGCUCCUCCUUCCUUCACUCUCCUUCUUCCUCUCCCCCAGGUGCCGGGGUCCUACUCAGCCCGGACGCCCACAUUGAAGCCGCCACGGGGGGUCUGUUCCCGCCGGAGCUCGGUGAAGAGUUUUCUGUCGUGGUUAGCCUAAGCUCCUGGCGAGCGAACAAUGCUUUCCUUUUCAGUGUGCGUGACGGCAGGGACAAGCUGCAGUUUGGCAUCCAGCUGCUGCCCAGGAAGGUGGUGGUGUACACCGGCGAAAAGGCCUCUGUCUAUUUCACCUACAACGUGCACGACGGGUGGCAGCACUCUUUCGCCGUGAGUGUGCGGCCGCGCUCAGUUUCGUUCCAUGCGGACUGCGGGGCGGUGCAGCAGCGAGAACAGACGCUGACCCGGGCACAUGUGCUGGGGUCCGGAUCCAGAGGCCUGCUCACACUAGGAAGGAUGAAGUCUAAAGCAGCGCAGUUCCAUGGCCUCAUAUGCCAGCUGGACAUCUACCCCUCAGCCCAGGCUGCUGCACAUUACUGCCACUACCUUAAAAAACAGUGCCGGCUGGCUGACACUUUCCGAUCGCCACCGCCACCCUCCAGCUUGGAUAUGGAGGUUUCUGGCUCCCUGGCUUUCUCCCCUAUUCCUCCUUCUCCAGCAUCCCAGACUGUGGUGGUGCCCCUCUCCCUGGCUGUAGACUCCCAGCAGUCCACCAACCUGGCCGGAUCAGCCCCCAGCCCCUCCCUGGAGGGGUCUGGAAUACUGUAUUUAAGCCCCUCAGAGCAGUCUCACCUGGGGGUCAGGAUCCAGACCCAGAGCUUCCUGCUGGAUCACAUCACCUCUAUCCAUACACCCACAGCAGGGCCCAUUGGCCCGUCCUCAGGCACUCUCAGUGGGCUGAAUGCCAUGGGCAUCACACACAGGAGUACCAACUCCAGCUCUGGAUCCAGCCCAACAGGGGGCUCCACCAGGCAGUCUCCCCAGUCUGAGAAUGACACAGAGGAGGAGGAGGAGGAGAGGAGGCCCCAACAGGUCACCACCGCCACCCCAGGCCUGAUCUCCCCUGUCAGGCAGAGCCGCUUGAAGGAUGACCUGAGGAACAGCUCCAGGCCUAGAGACUCUCAGCCCCAGCCCACUAACCACCUCGUGGACACCAAGCUCAGACCCAACGGCACCACCUUGUACCGGGAGAACCAGGUGGACACCUCAGAGGAGCAUGGCCAGGAAGGGGCCUACGAUGUGGGCAUGGAAGGCUACGACUAUGGAUACGAGGAACCAGACUACUUCUACAGAGACUAUGACGAGGCAUUUCCCGGCCCCAAAGGAGACCCAGGUCCUCCGGGUCCUCCUGGUCCCCGUGGUCUACCUGGUCCUGCUGGGAAGAGAGGAGCUCGGGGUCCUACUGGUCCACAUGGAAACCCCGGCUUGCCUGGUCCUCCUGGUACCAAGGGCUCCAAGGGCGAUCCAGGACUGUCCCCAGGUCAGGCCCCGCCAGGAGACAAGGGUGACAGAGGUCCACAAGGUGUUCCAGGUCCAGAUGGGUUCGCAGGUCCAAUGGGUCCUAAGGGCUAUCCAGGGCCAUCAGGACAGCCAGGGGAACAGGGCAUACCAGGACUCCCAGGAGUGACUGGGGCUGCAGGUUACCCUGGCAGGCAGGGUUUGGCUGGGCCAGAAGGUAACCCAGGUCCUAAAGGUGUACGUGGUUUCAUUGGUCCUCCUGGUAUAGCUGGUCCACCAGGGCUAGAAGGGGAGAGAGGUAUUCCCGGUCCGGUUGGGAAGAACGGUCCCAAAGGAAGACAGGGAGUUGUUGGGGGUGUUGGUGAAAGGGGUCCUCCUGGUCCUGAUGGCGACGAGAUUAGCUUUGCAGAGCUGAGCUGGGCUGAGCUGGGCUGA